UAAUGAUUUGAAGGUGUUGGUUGUAUUUUUGAAAGAAGAAAUAUGGUGUUUUCAUGAGCCAGAAGUAUUGAACCAUACUUCUAGAAUUCUAACUGGAGUAUUUGUGGGAGUGGAUGAAUUG